GAGAGAGAGAGAGAGAGAGGGGGGUUCCCACCCACCCACCACACCACUGCCAGAGAAAGGACUCGGAGUGUUUUUUGAGGCGAGGGGGGUGCGCAGGAUAAGCUUCAGAGAGAGAGAGAGAGAGUAGUCUGUCCUGUGACUGUCUUGUUUGUGUGUGUUGUGGGCGUGGUAACGGUGGAUUUGAAUGAGUUCUGAGUUUCUUUCCAAGUUCUGACCUCCACAUCUGAGAGUGUAGUGUAGUGUAGUGUAGCUGCUUUUUAUUUUUGUCUUUCGGUUUUUCAAUUUGGGUUUCUUCGGUUUCGUGGUGGUGUACCAUGGAUGCUGCGCAUUUUAGCAGUGGGCCGUCUAGAAGAAGGGUGGGACUAACAGCGGGUUUCUUCUUGUUCGUCUUCUUUUGUGGUCUGAUCUCGCUAUCUUGUGCCGGUAGGUUGCCUGUUUCCAGGCAGAAGCUUGAGGUCCAGAAGCACUUAAACCGCUUGAACAAACCUCCCCUUAAAAGCAUUAAGAGUCCAGAUGGGGAUAUCAUUGACUGUGUACACAUCUCUCAUCAACCAGCAUUUGAUCACCCAUUCCUCAAAGACCACAAAUUACAGAUGAGGCCAAGCUAUCACCCAGAAGGGCUCUAUGAUCAGAAAAAGGUUUCUACAGGGAACAAAGAAAGAGGAAAGCCUAUUACUCAGCUUUGGCACAUGAAUGGUAGAUGCCCUGAAGAUACCAUACCCAUCAGAAGAACAAAGAAGGAAGAUGUGCUAAGAGCAAGCUCAGUCAAAAGAUUUGGAAAGAAGAGGCAUAGAAGCAUCCCUCAGCCUAGGUCUGCAGAUCCUGACCUCAUCAACCAAAGUGGUCAUCAGCAUGCAAUAGCUUAUGUUGAAGGAGAUAAGUACUAUGGAGCAAAAUCAACCAUGAAUGUUUGGGAACCCAAAAUACAGCAGCCUAAUGAGUUCAGCUUGUCUCAGAUUUGGCUAUUGGGUGGUUCUUUUGGUGAAGAUCUCAACAGCAUUGAAGCUGGUUGGCAGGUCAGCCCAGAUCUCUAUGGUGAUAACAACACAAGAUUGUUCACUUACUGGACUAGUGACGCAUAUCAAGCCACGGGUUGCUAUAAUCUACUGUGCUCAGGCUUCAUUCAAGUCAACAGUGAAAUAGCAAUGGGUGCAAGCAUCUCCCCUGUUUCUGCCUAUCGGAAUUCCCAAUAUGAUAUUAGUAUUCUUGUCUGGAAGGACCCAAAAGAGGGAAAUUGGUGGAUGCAAUUUGGGAGUGGCUAUGUGUUGGGGUACUGGCCAUCAUUCCUGUUCUCAUACUUGGCAGACAGUGCGUCGAUGAUAGAGUGGGGUGGUGAGGUGGUGAAUUCAGAAUCAGACGGCCAACACACAUCAACUCAAAUGGGUAGCGGUCAUUUCCCAGAAGAAGGAUUUGGGAAGUCAAGCUAUUUCAGGAAUAUUCAAGUUGUUGAUAGCUCAAACAACCUCAAGGCUCCCAAAGGCAUUGGGACCUUCACUGAGCAAUCUAACUGCUAUGAUGUCCAGACUGGAAGCAAUGGGGAUUGGGGUCAUUACUUUUACUAUGGAGGUCCUGGUAGAAACCCUAAUUGUCCAUGACCAUCCAACUCCCUCUGUAUCAUUCAAUCUGUUAGUUUAAUGUUUUUUUUUUUUUAGGUUGUUGGUCUACUUAAAUAUGUGAUGAUAUUUUAUGUAGCAGUGGCAAGUUUUGACUCUUGUUUUUCACUCAAAAAAUUCUCCAUGUAAGUGGUUGGGUUUUAGGGAAAGUGGCCUUGUUUCUCAUGAGCUUAAAAGAAACAGGCUUUCACUCA